UGACUUGAGUCUCUUUCAAUCCAAAAGUAAAACACAAACUAAAAUCUAGUUUGUAUUUUUUUUUUAAUUCCAAUUUGAGCCUGGUCGAGGAAACACCACCUUUCCUUCUUCCAAAUCUUAGCUAUAUUUAGGCUACUGCGAGCUCAAAAAUGAUUAAAUUUCCGAGUUAGGGUUUUUGACCUAGACCGAAGCAUAAACGAUGAUGCUUGUUCCAGGUAAUAAUCGGCGGAGGAGCUAGGGUUUCCUUGUUAUGGCGGCUGCGAAUCCUCAGCCACUGCAGGCUCGGCCGUUUCAAGAGCAACGGCGAAUACCAAUACAGGUCGAAGAUGAAGACGGCGAUUACGAGGAUGGUGAUGGCAUAGAUGAUAUGGAAGAAGGAAACAUUAAUUCCAUGAAUAUUAUGAACAAUUGCAAUAACAAUAAUAAUAGCAGCAAUACUAAUAGUUCAGUGGUUAACGUGGCAGAACACGGAGUUGUUCUGGCCGCGGCUUCCAGGAGGAGUGAGCUCACGCUCUCUUUUGAAGGCGAAGUUUAUGUGUUUCCUGCUGUUACUCCGGAAAAGGUGCAAGCUGUGCUCCUGCUUUUGGGAGGACGUGAUAUACCUACUGGUGUACCUACAAUUGAAGUACCUUAUGACCAAAAUAACAGGGGUUUUGGUGACACCCCAAAGCGCUCAAAUCUUUCAAGAAGAAUUGCCUCCCUUGUAAGGUUCAGAGAGAAACGAAAGGAGAGAUGUUUUGACAAAAAAAUUAGGUACACUGUACGGAAAGAAGUUGCACAAAGGAUGCACCGUAAGAAUGGACAGUUUGCAUCUUCAAAAGAAAGUUCAGGUCCUUCACAUUGGGAUUCUUCACAGAGUGGCCUUCAAGAUGGCUCUCCUCGUCCAGAGACUGUUCUUCGGAGAUGCCAGCAUUGUGGUGUUAGUGAAAAUAACACCCCAGCAAUGCGUCGUGGGCCAGCUGGACCAAGAACUUUAUGUAAUGCAUGUGGGCUUAUGUGGGCAAAUAAGGGAACACUGAGAGACCUGAGUAAGGGAGGAAGGAGUCUAUCAAUGGACCAAAUUGAACCUGAAACUCCAAUGGAUGUUAAGCCAUCGAUUAUGGAAGGAGAAUCCUCUGGCAAUCUGGAGGAGCGUGGAACUCCUGAAGAUACUUCUAGGGCUGUUAAUGGAGGGUCAAAUGAUCCUUCAGUGGACCCAGAUGAAGAAGUAUGUUUGAGUACCAGCAUUAGUGAUGAUAUGCAUGGAGCAACUGAAGAUCUCACAAAUACUUUGCCAAUGGGAAUGGUCCAUUCCUCAGCCAAUGAUGAUGAGCAGGAACCUCUGGUAGAGCUUGCUAUUCCUUCAGAUACAGAUAUUGACCUCCCUUCCAACUUUGAUUAGAAAGGUCAAAGUUACUGAUUCCUCUGAGGGGGCGAAAGUAGUUAAUUGAGUUGUUAUAUAACUAAAACAACCAUGACAUUGAAUCAUAAAUACAGCGGUGCUCUCUUUGACCAUAGAAGGUGAAUUGCUUCUGCUUCUAGCUGACAUUAGAUAAUGUGGUGUUUGUUGAUAUAAGUGCUGGGAUCUAUUUGUGUACAAUUUGAUGUCAAACAUGCCUGAGUGCUUUUACCAUUCUAUAGAAUGUGAUUUAUUUGCCA